AUGAGUUGGAUGAAUGAUGCCGCCGUUCAGAGUCACCAUGGCGCGGGCUUCAACCCUCUCGACUCGAACCCGUCCUCCGCCAUGCUGGACCCUUCUGCCUUCAUGAACAACCCUUCCUCCUUCGAUCCUGCCGCUCAAUUCCAGAAUCAACAGUUCCAGCAACGCAUGCAAAGUGGUGGUAUGCGCAAUGGCUCGCCGUCUUUCAAUCAACCUGUAUAUCAAACCAAUCCCGUAAUCCCCUCCAAAAGACCCAGGCCACGAGAAGAGAGCAUGGGAGCAUCACCACGUCAAGCGCCUGGUAUGCUGCCCAAUUCUCGCUCACAAACACCGCAGCAGAGUCCCUAUCCAAACUCAUUCCCAUCGAGCGCGUCACAACAACACGCGCCUCAAGGGGCGCCAUAUUCCCAUCUGCAGAAUGGUUCUGCCAACGCAAGUCCAUCGCCCAUUAUGGGCAACCAGCUACGUCCUGGCGGCGUACCGCAAAGAGUGUCGACGGCCUCUCCACAUCCAUUCUCUCCUGCUGCUCAACAAUUCCCACAGGCGUCUUCCUCUCAAUCAGACCACGGGGGGAAUAGAGUAGACACACCACAAAAUGGCAAUCCGUAUGGACAACAGAAUCCUAUCUUUGCGCCAGGUUUCAAUCCCAACUUCACACCACCUCCUGGCCGAUCAUCGGCUCCUCCCCAAAAUAUAACACCCACACCCCAUAUGCAACAACCUCACAUGCCAAAUCCCCAAAUGUACGGGCAACAGCCCCCGCAACCACCACCACAAGCCCAGCAGCGAACACAGAGUAUAGAACAGCAGAAAAUGUUGUAUCAGAUGUCGGUUCAACGACAAUUCCAACAACAAAGCAUGAUGGCUGCCCAAAGAGCUAAUAUGCCACCCGGUGUCAAUCCAAUGGCCAGAGCGCAGAUGCAAGCGCAAAAUGGGCAUCUACCUCCAGGUAUGCGACCUCAGCAGCCCCCACAGCCACAACCUGGGACGAAUACUCCGGACAAUUUUACGAAAAAUCUGGUAUCCUUCAUGUCACAGAGAGGUCAACCAUUAGACAUGAAUCCCUUGGUUGGAGAUAGACCGAUAGCAUUGAUGAAUUUAUUUAUGGCUGUGAGGAAAUUUGGGGGUUACAAGAAGACGACUGCUACCAAUGCGUGGGCACAAGUUGCCCAAUCACUGCAAUUCCAUGUAAUGCAGGCUCCAAGUGCUGGGCAGCAGCUAAAAAGCCAUUACGAAAGAUAUCUGCUUAUGUUUGACGAAGCCAUGGCGCAGAGUCAAAGACAACGUAUGAUGCAACAAAAUCCUAACGCUGGGCCUGGUCCCCAAAUGUCACCUACGAAGCAAAUGAAUCCACAAGCCGCCGCAAUGCAGCAGUCGCAGCAUUUCAUGCAACAGCAACAGCUAAUGCAACAACAUCUUCAGCAACAGCAUAUGCAAACCACUCCUGUCAAACAGAUGCAUCAUGCUCAACCACCUUCCGUGAAUGGAUUUUCAACUCCGCAGCCUGGACAACCACGGCCAAUGGGACCUCAAAGUCAUGCGCGAAAUAGCCUUUCAAGAACAGUCGAAUCCACACCACCAAUGAAUGGUACAUCUUUUACGAUGCCAUCGCCUGUUUCCGCUAUCAAAUCAGGAGGCCUCUCCCUACAGUCACCGCAAAUAGACGUUAGGGCAGUAGAAGAGCCACAAGAAUUUAAUCUUGAACCUGAAUUGAAGCCCAGAUUUCGACAAGUGGACACAUUUGGUGGUGUUGAGCUGGAGUCUCUGACCAAGCUUGGCAUGGAAUUAAUUCAACUAAAACCAGAUGUUCCAAGGAUCGAUGAACUGGGUGCGAUCGAUAUCCAUGCUCUGACCAUGAGUUUACAAUGUGGCAUUCAUGCCGAGGUACGAAUGGCCUUGGACACUCUAGUUUCACUAUCAGUAGAGCCCAGACUACAAUUGGACUUGAGAUCGUGUGAAGACUUGGUGGAAACAUUAAUAGACUGUGCUGAAGGGCACAUUGACAUACUCGCUGAUAACUCAGCAGAAGUUUCGGAUGUCAUGCUCAUCAGUUCAUAUGAUGAUGUUGUAAGAGGAUGUCGAGUUGAGCAAGAAAUGCUUCAAGACAUACACCCUUUCCAUUCGAAAGAAUACGAACUCGAUCGAGCGGUCGACAAAUUAAUAUGCAUAACCACGAUAAUGAGAAAUUUAUCCUUUUACGAAAUGAAUCACCCACUUCUCGCUGACGAAAUGGUUAUCAAGUUUUUGUGUGUCGUUAUUAGAUACCUUGGAACACGGAACAUGCUUCUAAGAACGAAUCAAAAUACCUUGGAUUUCAUGAAAGAUGUCAUCAUCUUCCUCUCGAAUCUAGCCCAGGCAAUCGAACUUCCCGGACGGGAACAAGCGCUUUGUCUUCUCCACUUCCUUCUUGCCUUUGCACCAUGUCCGCCUCCGAAUGAUUCCGACAAGGUCACAUUCUCACCAUAUGAUCGUGCCAUGCAUCGGUAUCUUCCACCGGCAGUUGAUAGUCUGGCGAAACUAUUAGCUCGUGAUGAACCAAAUCGGACAUUUUACAAAAUAAUAUUUUCCUCAGACUCUACAUCUACGCCACCCUACGAUCUCCUAACUCGGACUUUUGGCCUUGCCAUUUCAGCGAUACCAGAUGACAGGCAAGAUGGGAAGCGAGGAAAUUUAAUACCUAUGACCGAACACCGAAAACCACUGCUAUUGCAGGGAAUGCUGGCCGCGGAAAUACUAUCCAAUCUUGCGCCUGGAUAUGAGUCUGGUCUCGCCAAAUCAUGGUUGACUUCAGAUGAUGGGUUCGCGCCUAAUCUUUCUCGUUUGAUAUUAUCAUUAUGUUUGGAAGCAUCGCAACCACCACAGCCUGUGGCGAGAGGCCAACAACCAAUACCUAAAGGCGUGGAAGAUGAGUCUCUGCAAAGAAUAGCGAUAGGUGGACUGGCGGUCUUACGGCGCUUGACGGAGAAGAGUCGAGAUCCGGAGGAGAAGACUUCGAGUGUAGGAUUGACGGGCGUGGUGGGGUUCCCGGCGAAGGAAAAUGUAUUAAGAGCACUUGGAAUUGUGCAACCGAGAUUAAAAGAGGUGUUAAGUGGGUUGUGUGCAUAUGCUGGGUUGGGAACAUAA